CAACCAGAUGAAAGUGAGAGAGAGAUUGGGCUGUUUGAACAUGCUAGAGGGGAAGAGAGAGAGGCAGAGGGAGAGCGAGAGGGACAUUUUCAGGACUGAGGAAAUAGAAGUGUUACUACUGGGUUGUGCUGCCUGGUGCUAGAAGACUGACAUGGAGAAUAUGCAUCGCCCCACAGCACACACAGACACCGGACACCACGUCAAAUGGGAUUUUCAAAGGCCUCACUAUCAGCGGUGAUUUUUCCACUUCUCCCAUUCUUUUUUUAUUUUUAUUUUGCGCUGCCUACUCUCUCCUUAUUUUUGUGUGUGGAUCCCCCUCCCUCCACCACUUCUGUCCCUCUCCAUUUCCAAAGGAGGGAUCUGUGAAUCAAGUGCAACAGAAGAAGAACAUGAGUCUCGGGGAAUGAUGCCGCUGCCGUUUGUGCCACCCUCCCUGUCGCCAUGACGAUGCCGCUCAGCCCCCUCUCCAGUGACGAGGAGCAGCAAAGGAUGCUGGGAAACAAUAGACAUCUAUAUCCUGGGGCAGAGGACGAGGAAGAGGAGGAGGAAGAUGAAGAAGAGGAGGGUGAGGAAGAUGACCGUGAGGAGGAGGGAGAAGAUGGGGAGAAUGGAGAGCUGGAGGGAGAAGAGGAGGAAGAGGAAGUGGAGGAAGUCAGGCGAGGAGGAGGCAUGUCGCGAGGAGGCAGGGAUGAGGGGCACAGGCAAUUAGGCAAAAUGGCUGGACGACCCACAGGAGACAGACAGAUACAACCCGGCAACAUCGGGCACACAGUAAACCCUUAUUCGUCCAACCAUGGACCCACCCAUCAACAGCCAGCCAAUCAGCAGCAGCAGCAGAAGAGGCUGAGAGAGCAUAGCUCCAGCAGGGCGCCGUCAGAGGACGCCCACAUCGCCAUGAUGGUGUUCCGCAUCGGCAUCCCCGACAUCAAACAGACGAAGUGUUUGCGGUUCAACCCGGAUGCGACCGUUUGGAAGGCCAAGCAGCAGGUGCUAUGUUCUCUGACCGAUUCGUUGCGGGACGUGUUGAACUACGGCUUGUUCCAACCAGCCACCGAAGGCCAUGACGCCAAGUUCCUGGAGGAGGAGAAGAUGCUGAGAGAGUACCCACAAUCCUUUGAGAAGGGGGUACCAUAUCUGGAGUUUCGUUACAAGACCAGAGUGUACAAACAGACCAAUCUAGAUGAGAAACAGCUGGCUAAACUGCACACUAAGGCCAGUCUGAAGAAGUUCAUGGACUACAUCCAAAGUGGCUCUGUGGACAAGAUGGCCAAGUUCUUGGACAAAGGGCUUGACCCCAACUACCAGGACCCUGACACGGGAGAAACCCCCCUGACGUUGGCGGUGCAGUGUGAGCCGGGGGGAGGGGAGGCCAUACGGGGACUGGUGCUGGGAGGGGCUCAUCUUGAUUUCAGGUCCAAGGACGGACUCACACCUCUACACAAGGCUGUCCGCAGCCACUGCCACACAGCCUUGCUGACCUUGCUGUCUCUGGGUGCGUCUCCGGACUAUAAGGACCGGCGGGGGCUGACUCCGCUCUACCACACUGUGCUGACAGGGGGAGACACCUCCUGCUGUGAGACCCUGCUCCACCACCGCGCCAAGCUGGCCGUCAGGGACGAGAACGGCUGGGAUGAGACACACCAGGCCUGUCAGAAUGGCAACGCCCAGCAUCUGGAGCACCUUCUUUUUUACGGGGCAGACUCCACUUCCCAGAAUGCCUCAGGAAACACUGCCUUGCACGUUUGUGCUUUAUACAACAAGGACAGCUGUGCACGAAUUCUACUUUACAGGGGAGCCAAUAAAGACACAAAGAAUAACAGUGGACAGAACUCAUUUCAGGUGGCUGUCAUGUCCGGACAUUUUGAGCUAGGAGAGAUUAUCAAAAACCACCGGGACACAUAUGUAGUACCUUUUCUUGAGUCUCCCAAAUACGCCCCUCAGAGGCGAGAGAGUGCGCCGCGCACCCUGGCGCUGCCCCACCCUCACCCCUUCCUGCGUGCCAACAGUGAUAACAGUAUGAACCUGCCUGACUGGAUGGCACUGCCCAAUACACCAGGCUCCAACAUUGUGUCUGUACAGGGCUAUAAGCAUUCAGGUACCAUGCGUAGCUCCAGUAGUCCCCGUGGGGCGCGGACUCGCUCCCCGUCCCGAGGGAGAGCAGGGGAUAAGGAGGACAGGAGUCAGCAGAGUCGGAGGCAGGGAGGAGGCGGAGGGGGAGGAGAAGGAGGGGAAGCAGGAGGAGGAGCAGGAGGGGCGGGGUCUGUCAGCAGCAAUACGGUUACGGCAGCAGGGGGCCAGCGGAGGCGUCUCUACAGCGCCGUCCCAGGACGUGUGUUUGUGGCCACGCGCUCCCACUCCGCCCAGGGAGACAGAGAGAUUAGCAUCAGCAAGGGAGACAAAGUCAAAGUGCUGAGUGUGGGCGAGGGAGGCUUCUGGGAGGGCACGGUUAAGGGACGGACCGGCUGGUUCCCCUCAGACUGUGUAGAGGAAGUGGCAGUCCGUAGCCAGGACAACCGCUCAGAGAGCCGCAGUGAGAAAGCCAAGAGACUGUUUCGUCAUUACACCGUGGGCUCCUACGACAGCUUGGACGCUCCCAGUGACUACAUCAUCAAGGAGAAGACAGUGCUUCUGCAGAAAAAAGACAGUGAGGGUUUUGGCUUUGUGCUGAGAGGAGCCAAGGCUCAGACCCCCAUCGAGGAGUUCACUCCCACCCCAGCCUUCCCAGCACUGCAGUACCUGGAGUCUGUCGACGAAGGAGGCGUGGCCUGGAGAGCCGGUCUGAGAAUGGGAGACUUCCUCAUUGAGGUGAAUGGUCAGAAUGUGGUGAAGGUGGGACACAGGCAGGUGGUCAACAUGAUCAGGCAAGGUGGAAACGCCCUCAUGGUCAAGGUUGUCAUGGUAACACGCAACCCUGACAUGGAGGAUGGCCAGAGAAAGAAAAUCCCCCAGCAGAGUAAAAGACUAAGCACUCCGGCCAUCGCUCUCCGCUCCAAAUCCAUGACCUCAGAACUGGAGGAGAUGGCUGCUACCCCCUGGAAAAAAAAAUCAGAAUUCGAGUCUUCACAAGUUACAGAGAAGAAGAGGACAGUCUAUCAGAUGGCUUUGAAUAAGCUAGAUGAGAUCCUGGCAGCAGCUCAACAGACAAUCAGCACCAAUGAGGGGCAAGGGACGCGGGGUCAGGGGGGAAGGAGAGACAGGAGCCGGGGCUCCUUUUACGCCAAUGAGCCAAAUUACGACCAAUCAGAAAUGGGGAUGACAGGGCUGGGCUAUGACCGCGCCCAGUUCACAUCAGGCCACGCCCCUCCACACGGUAUGCUGCGACAGAAAUCCAUCGGGGUGACUGAAGAGGAGAAGUCCCAUCUCAAUCCUCCAGCCAUGAAGUUUGCCCGAAGUCUCUCGGUUCCCGGCCCAGAUGACAUCCCCCCGCCCCCCACCACCGCCCCGCCAGACCCCCCCUUCUCCUCCGCCCCACCCCUGGGCUGGAGAGGGGGCAAGUCUUCCCAGCAGCCCUCGGUGGCCGUGUCCCAGUCCACUUCCACGGCAGCCCACUACCAGCUCUACUCUCAGUCUGUGCACUUCACCCACGCGGGCCGCGAAAGGGCAGGGGGGUCCAGUACCGGCGCUGGAGGAGGAGGGGUGGACCACACGCAUCAGUACUCUAAUGCCCCCGCCCACUCCGCUCAGAGCAGGACUGCCUCUAGGAAAGGGGGCUACCCAGGGGAGCCUGUUGGAUCAGGAGGGGGAGGAGGAGUGGGGGGGGGCAAGGCUGCAGGUCUAAGGAGGGGCUACAGUAACGCCGCCCCACCUUCAGGCAGUGCCACAGUGAUGCCCCAGCAGCAGCAGACCACCCAGAGCCAGCAGCAGAGGGCAGACCGCAGUGCGGCUGUGGGGGCUGGAGAGGGGGUACCUAAAGGAGGGGGGGCGCGGAGAGGGAAGGGCCCUCUGGUGAAGCAGUCCAAGGUGGAGGACCUGCGGGCUGGCCAGGGCACGCUGGGGGGCAAGGCCCCAGUGGAGAAGAGCUCCAUCCCCAUCCCCACCAUCAUAGUCAAGGCCCCCUCCAUCAGCAGUGGCAGUGGCCGCAGCAGCCAGGGCAGCAGUGUGGAGGCUGAGCCCACCCCACCAGGGGAGACUGACAGAACCCAACCCCUCCACGGACCCCCUUCCACCCCAGCCCCGCAACCCCCUGCUCCCCCCUCCAUUCCGGCCCCUCCACCGCCCUCCCUCCGAGGCCAGGAUAGUGACUUCACCAGCCAGUUUGGGGCGGCCAUCGUGGGCGCAGCCCGCCGGGACAGGGAACGCUUCCAUGAGGCCCGCAGGAAGAGCGCCUCCAUCUUCAUGUCUGCCGAGGAGGAGGUGGGGCCAGGGGGGGGAGGAGGUGGAGGGGCAGGCAGGACUCAGGCCUCCCAGCAGCAGCAGUUCAGCCCCCAGCCCGGUGGCCCCUCCCCACGCCUCCGGCCCUCCAAGUCCAUCGACGAGGGCAUGUUCUCUGGGGACACCUUCAUCCACCACACCCGCAGCAUGCCCCCUGCCUUCGGCCUGCCAGAGUACUCCUCCCCGGCUCCAGACUACCAGCCCAAGUCUGUUCCGGCUGACUUCUACGGGUCGUCAAGCCGGCAGCAGGUCCCCUCUGGCACCACCUUCAUCCACCCCCUGACAGGAAAGGUCCUGGACCCCUCGUCCCCCCUGGGCCUGGCCCUGGCUGCCAGGGAGCGGGCCCUGAAGGACGACGGCAGAAUGAGGAGGGAGAGAGGGACCGAGCACCAGUUUGUACGACAGAUGUCCAGUGUGGUGGCAUUCCCCUCCCAGGCCACCUCCCCCACGCCGGCUUCCUCAGCCACCCAUUCCUCCAGCUCCUCCUACCUGGUCACCUCCUCCUCCCUAGCCGCCACCACCUCCUCCACUGGCCGACCCCCCUCCCCCAGGAUCCUCAGGGGUGCAGGCUGGGGCGAGGAGGGGGGAGGAGGGGAGCGGGAGAGGGAGGGUGGCGGGGCCAGAGAGGGGCUGAGGGUGCGCUUCUCUGAGGACAAAACAGUCCACACGCAUCACUACCAGUCCCAGCACUACCAAACCACCUACAGGGAGGAAAGACAGAGAGAGAGGGAGAGGUCGAGAGAGAGGGAGAGGUCGAGAGAAAGAGAGCGGGACAGAGAGGGGUACAUGAGGCAGCAGACAACCCCUACCCAGCAGCCCCCUCAGCUGUCGUCCCAGCAGCCUCGCCAGGCCUCUUUUCUGAGGAUGGAGAGCGAGGCAGGCUACAUCCUGUCUCUCACCCCUCCAUCUCCCCCCGCUACAGCCGCCCCGUCUCACCCUCAGGGGGGAGGGGGUUCUGGGGGCAGUGGCCUCAUGGUUCUGCCGCCCCCUGCCCCCUCGGUGGAUGUGGAUGAUGAGUUUGUGUUUGCGGACCCACUGCCCCCUCCGCUGGAGUUUGCCAACAGCUUUGACCGGGGUGGAAUGUCAGGUUACACACACCGCGCCAUUAUCAACAACCUGGCCUCCCGCCAGCAGCAGCCCCCACCGCCUCCCCCUCCUCCCCCACCACCCCCCCCAAAAGACAUGUUUAUCAGUGGGUUCCCGGCCCACACCCCCCUACCCUCCCCACAGGCGGGGGACUCCACCACCUCCAGCCUUACCUCCUAUGACAGUGAGGUGGCCAACCUGACCCAGUCAGGAAACUCCCCCACUCAGACAUCACCCAACCCCCUUCCUCCACCCUCACCCUCCAGCCUCCAGCCCACAGGACCCCCGCCUCCCUCCUCUGUCUCCCCCCCACCCCCACCCAGCUCCUUUCACAGACCCUCCCUUGCCAUGACCCACUCUCACCACCUCUACAACAGCACGCACACCGGGCGCUCCUCCCCUUCCCAUGGGCGUUCCUCCCCCACUCCUCCUCCCAAAGGUCGCUUCUCCCCCACCCAGGGUCGCUCCUCCCCCACCCAGGGUCGCUCCUCCCCCACCCAGGGUCGCCCCUCCACCAUCCAUAGGAGCUCAUCCCCCACCCCUCCUCCCCACUCCAUUGCAGGGCCCCCAUCUUACCGUGGUCCCCCUCCCAUCUCCUCCACCGCAGCCUCCUCUGGCCCCUUCCGGGGCUCUGCAGCCCUGACCUCCACCGCUCCCUGUACCACCACCACCACCACCACCACCACCGCUGCCACCACCACGAGGACCUCAGUCCAGCCCCACCAGGACAGUACACACCCAGCCCCUUCUGGUUCUACAGCGGCCGGCCGCAGGAUAGGGGAGCACCACCCUCACCCCACAGCCAAGGCAGGUGAGUCCCAGGAGACGGUGGUGGACUCUGGGAUAGAGGAGCUGGACAGCCGCAGCAGCAGUGACCACCACCUGGACAACAUCCUGGCCAUGAGCGGAGGAGCCAGAGAGAGGCUGGAAGAGAGGCUGGAGAGAGGGAGGGAGGGAGGAGGGGAGGGAGACAGGGCGGGAGGAGCAGACCUCCUGGAGUCGUACAUGAGCUACCUGGAUGGACAGACAUUUGACAUGCACAACGCCACGGCCGCCGUCUCUACCUACCCCAAAUCAGGCAGGUUCAGGGAGGGGGGCCGCGCGGCCGAACUACGCAGAGAGACCAGUACCGCCCCGCCCUCCUUCCAGUCACACAGACGGAGGGAGGAUGAGGAAGAGGAGGAGGAGGAAGGAGAGGAGGAGGACGAUGGAGGACGGGAGGGUUAUGGGAUGACACAGAAUUUGGGGCGUCCCACGUCACCUUACUUUGACCGGCCCCGGACCCCUGAGAUGAAGCCUCUGUGGGGGUCAGAGGGUCAGUUAGUAGGGGACCAGGGGACCUACCUGGAGGGCCGGAGGCUGUACCCCCCCAUGUCCAGCAUGAAGGCCAGCAUCAUCAAUGAGCUCAGCAACAAACUGCAGCAGAGAGGGAGCCAGAGAUCGCUAAGUAGACACAGGUUUUCAGAAGACUCCGCCUCGGCCCUGAGUCCCCCCUCAGUUCGUUCCCUGUCCCCCUCCCCUAUCCACCACUCCCAGCCCGCCCUGUCCCUGUCCCCCACCCCUUCCUCCCAGUACCCCAACUGGAACCGUCCUCCGUCCCCCCAGCCCCCUGUGGCUGCCGUACAGCCCCCUCCACGCUCCCACUCCCCCCUGUCCUCCCCCACCUACUCCCCUUAUCCCACCUCCCCUAAACACCGGCCUGUGUAUCGCACCAAAGCCUUGGAGUUCCAGUUCAUUCCAAGUAGAGAGUCUAGGAAGGCAGAGUCCCACCACCUGCAGCGUAGGAGAGCUCCCAGUCCCCUCAUCUCCCCCUCAGAGAGGCCCAAACUGGGUCCCCCCCGCCCCUCCUCCCUCCCCCUCCUCCCCACCACACCCCUCUACAGCAGCCUCUACGAGCUCCGUGGCUCUAUGACCCCGCCCUCGCCCGCUAACCACAUGGGGGACCCCUACUUCUCCCCCUCCCCUCCUCUCUUCGCCCCCUCUGACGCCCCUCCUCCACCAAACGCCUCCCUGUUGGUUUCUCGCUCCCUCUCCCCCACCCACUUUUUAUCUGGUAGCUCAUCCCCUCCCCUGCACCCUCUCCCCGCUCCCCCCUGCCUGAGCUACCCCCACCUCCCUCCCCCGUCCCCCUCCAAGCCCUUUGCCUCCAAGCCACUGCCUUAUUGGACCAAAUACGACGUGGCUGAUUGGCUGGGAUACCUGAACCUGGGCGAGCACAGGGAGCAUUUCCUGGACAACGAGAUCGACGGCACUCACCUGCCCUCCCUCACCAAGGAGGACUAUCUGGACCUGGGGGUGACGCGCGUCGGACACCGCAUGAACAUCGAACGUGCUCUGAAGAGAGUGUCUGACAGGCUCUCCAGCUCUCCUUUUCCCAUUUCUGCUCUGUCACCACGAGGAAGAAGGGAUGAUGGGAGUCGGAGCUGAAAAGACAAACAUAAAGAGAAAGGACGGGGGAUGCAGUCGGUGAAGGAACAGGAGAGAGAGAGGCCACAACUGCUGCUAUCCAUGAUGGAUUCACACAACAAAAGCAGAGGACCUGAUUUCACCCAGAGGGAGGACCAAUCAGGAAAAGAGAGGGGAAAUGAGGGAUGGAAAAAGGGCUGACCAAUGCCUGGUACUCAGGGCCUGGUAGCUGACUCACACAGAUCCACUCGCAUGCACACAAAUACAGUAACACACACAAGCACUGACUCUGUCAACACACACACACAAACACUACGAGGAUGAGAUGACAAUGUAGAUUGAGGAAACAAAUAACAAUAGGAGUAAAAUAGUGACAAAACUUAGCCCAAAAUAUUGAGAGAAACAAUCAAAUGUUGUUUAGCUUUUUCAUCAGUUUCUAGUGUUGUCAGGGAAAGAGAGAACGAGGAUUGUCCUCAUUAUUAACACGAGUUAGUGCUUUCUCCUCCUGUCUUCUCUGGGUAGCUCUAGUUCCUCCUCUCUACCCUAGGGUUAGGUAGCUCCUCCUCUCUACCCAAGGGUUAGGUAGCACCUCCUCUCUGCCCUAGGGUUAGGUAGCUGUCUAGCUCCUCCUCUCUACCCUAGGGUUAGGUAGCUGUCUAGCUCCUCCUCUCUACCCUAGGGUUAGGUAGCUGUCUAGCUCCUCCUCUCUACCCUAGGGUUAGUUAGCUGUCUAGCUCCUCUCUACCCUAGGGUAAGUUAGCUCCUCCUCUCUACCCUAGGGUUAGGUAGCUGUCUAGCUCCUCCUCUCUGCCCUAGGGUUAGGUAGCUCCUCCUCUCUACCCUAGGGUUAGGUAGCUGUCUAGCUCCUCCUCUCUGCCCUAGGGUUAGGUAGCUCCUCCUCUCUACCCUAGGGUUAGGUAGCUGUCUAGCUCCUCCUCUCUACCCUAUGGUUAGUUAGCUGUCUAGCUCCUCUCUACCCUAGGGUAAGUUAGCUGUCUAGCUCCUCCUCUCUACCCUAGGGUUAGGUAGCUGUCUAGCUCCUCUCUACCCUAGGGUAAGUUAGCUGUCUAGCUCCUCCUCUCUACCCUAGGGUAAGUUAGCUGUCUAGCUCCUCCUCUCUACCCUAGGGUAAGUUAGCUGUCUAGCUCCUCCUGUCUACCCUAGGGUUAGGUAGCUGUCUAGCUCCUCCUCUCUACCCUAGGGUAAGUUAGCUGUCUAGCCCCUCCUCUCUACCAUAGGGUUAGGUAGCUGUCUAGCUCCUCCUCUCUACCCUAGGGUAAGUUAGCUGUCUAGCUCCUCCUCUCUACCCUAGGGUAAGUUAGCUGUCUAGCUCCUCCUGUCUACCCUAGGGUUAGGUAGCUGUCUAGCUCCUCCUCUCUACCCUAGGGUAAGGAUUAGGUACAGUAGCUGUCUUGCUUGACUGUUGUUGGCUCCAUAGCUGGCUGUUCAGAUGUGUUCAGUUUCAGUAGAGACUCCCCUUACAGUUAGUGGAGUGCAGUCAAUGAAAACCUGUGUGAGUGAAUAGAAAUGUUAAGAGCUCUUUGUCUGAGUGAAUGUUAUUGCUGGAGCGAUUUAUUGGGAUGAAUAUUCAUGUCCAUAUUCUGUAGUUCAGAAUAUGGGCAUGAAUGAGACAAGGUGGCAGCCUACAUGCAUGUCUUGGGUAAUGUCGUAGGUGGAGCACCUCUUGUAGGGGUCAGUGUGUCAUCGGCGUAGCCCCUACCUGUUGGACUGAAUGAUAUGACUGGUCCCCUGUUGGAAAGAGCUUGAUGGGUAAAUCCUCACUUGACUGUAGUGGCUGUGUAUGAAGGAAACCUGUCUGUAUGACUGUGUGUGAUUGGUUGUCUGUUUUUACCUCACCAAUGGGAGGGCUCCAUGCUCACUGAAGGCCCUUCGAUAAGGACCUGUAAACACAUUCUAUUUCUCUAUAGCUUCUUUAUCAUCUUAAGUCUUAUAACGGCAUAUUAUAUACAGACUGGUCACUGUAUUACAAAUCUGUAGCAAAAAUAAGUGCCCAGACCAACAGCAUAGAAAUAAACACACAGACAUGUACAUCCUCUCACUCAAUAACACAGAUCACUAUACUGACCAAUAUAGCAAUGCACACUUACAAAUUCUUUCACAUUCUCUCUCCUACACACUCUCUCUCUCAGAAUUAAUGGGACACCUUAAAUAUAUUUGUUUGGAUCCAAGAUGUAUCUGAUACUAAAAGGGACUGUGAUUUCAGAGAUGGAGGGAAUACGUGACAUAAACAGUAUCUCAUUGAAGAUUGACUCCAUUUAUACGAAAGACUUUCGAAGCAUCGAAGCAACUGCUAUUCAACCGUUCUAAAGUUCUCUGUGCAAGGAGACUGAAAAGGAGAGGGGAGGGAAAGAGAAACAAACUGCCAAAUCUUCCUCUUUCCCACCCAAUCCCCCCACUCCUUCCAGAAACUCUUUCUACAGAAGCAUGAGAACAUGAACUGAGGCCCAAAUGAGUGGGAGGAGAUAUGUUCUGUUUUAAUACUACAAUUGUUCUUACAACAAUUUUUUAACUUAAAAUGGGUCUGGAAUACUGCUAUUGAUAUGAAGAGAAUUAUUGUUACUAUUAUCAUUACUAUCAUCGUCCUUACUGUUAUAAGGUGCAAUCCCCCGUUCUGCCUUUCACGGCUGAGGUGGCGCUCUUGCAUUUUAGGCAAUGUAUUUUCAUAAUUUUGCUCGUAGUUAGUCGAUAUAAUCCUAUAAAAUUGUUAUCAUGAGAUUCAUGACUGUAGGUCAAACUAUGACACCAUGGUGUCUAACAAUUUAAAAUGUAUAUAAAUAUAAUUCAACUAUAUUGUUACUUCCAAAAAUACAGAAAAAAUAUCUAUUUAGUUUGAUGUAGAAAAUGCUUUACAUAUCAAGGCUUUUGUCUAGUCAUAAAACCACAUUUCCUUUGCCCUCUUGUUUUGGUAUAAUAUUUUGAAAUGAUGAAGGUUUGACUGAUGUAUGCUUCAGAUUGACAUUGAGGCCUAGAUUCAAUCCGGAGGGUGGAAGAGCCGCGUUAUAGCACGAUUGGCAUUUAAAGACAAUGUUCCCGCAUUCGCGGAGACUGCAUUCACAGUAAACACUGCAUUUGUCGGCUCAAUUGGAAAUGACCUCUUUAUAUCAAUUGCGCUAAAACGAGGAUAUUCCGCGUUCUGGGUUGAAUCUAGCCCUAAAUAUAUUUUUAUGCAAGAAUUCCUCUGCCAUCCAAGCUUCCUCUCACGUUGAGGCAGCGUCUGUGUAUAAAGCUGUGAAUAUACGUAUCACUUUAAACCUCACUGUGUGGAAGCCAAAGUUAGAUUCACUACUUUGUCAUUAUUCACAUUAUUUUAUGCAGAUCAAGAUGUAGCUAUUGUGCCCUGGAAAUGGCCACGAGACAAAUGGUAUUGUGAAAAAGAUGCAUAUAGUUAUUCACGUCAAAUUUGUUUCUAUUUUGUACAUUUCAAGUCAUUAUGGAUCAUUAAAGUAGUAUUUUAUUUAUUGAUAUUUCAUUGUUUAUCUAUCUACUCAUUUAAACAUGAAUUUAUGUCAGGGCUAUUCAACCGGGGGUCCGCAAAACCCACAAAACAAAACGUGAUUUUUAUAUCACUACCAAUAACAGAAUAAACAUUUUGAAUUACAUACCUACAGUGGAGAAUAUCUUAAUAAUUAUGUCAACUUUAAUCAACUCCUAAUAUAGAGCAAAUUACACUCAUUGAAGCCAAUAAUGACACGAGUGUCUGACAUAGGCUUUGAAACAGCACACGUGUAUAAGUUUCCAGUGUGGCGAGUGCUGCUGGAAAGCUUUGACUUGGACAUACAUUUUUGGCAACUCAUGGCAAACCUUUGUUUAAACAGUUGUUCUUAGUGAAAGUGUUUAAAUGACCUUUCUAGGUAAUAGGCUGUGUUUGAGUAUCCUCUUCCAAUUAUGUGGGGAGUUCAAAAUAAUGAUAAAUUAUCUAACAAGUCUAUUUUUAAAUGUUGAUUACUUCACCGUUCCAUUGUCAAUCACCUGAUGAGAAAAUGUUUAAAAAAUGUCUCAUGUAUGAUGGGGUCCCUCGGUCACCCGUUUGCCUGGGAGGGGGUCCCUGAGCAAGGAAAGGUUAAAUACCCCUGAUUUGUCAUUUUCACAGGAAUUAUACUAUUGACCUAUUUUCACCUUGCAUUUACAGUUGUAUUAGGUGCUUUCAGCUUAAUCUGUGAUCAGUUGGACAUCUCUUUUCUCCAUCACUAAAAUCAAAUAAGGGCUCUUCCAUUAUCUCUAUUUACUACUAAACACCACAUUUGAGUCCUAAAACACACCCCAGCAGUGGGAGGGUAUUGGCAGGUUACAUGCAUGAGUGCUUUCCAUCUCCGAUCUGAAGGAGAAAUGCGAGGCCUUCAGAUCCUUGUUCUUAUGCCCACAUACACUUCAGCUGUUUACACAGGCAGAACAUUGUAGUAAUACAGUUGUAUUUGACAGAUCUGAAAAAAAUGUGGUCAAAUGCCCAAUUAGUGAGAAAUAUCAGAAUUGGGCUGCCUGUGUAGACAGCCUUACAUGAGCAGAGUUCAGGAUGGGGAAUGACGUUUGUGACUGCGAUGCUGGUGAUCAAGGUUAUCCUAAUGCAGGCGAAAGCAAUAAGGACGAUGAAAAUAAUGCUCAUCCCAAUUAUGGUUUAAGAUGUAAAAAAUCUAACCCUAAAGUUCUAAAGAAUCUGUCUUCCAAAUAAUGUUUCAAAUGAAGGUACAAUGUUAUUUAACUGAAGUGCUUUCUAUACCGCUCGCUCCAUUCCCUAUGGAAGACCUCUGUUCUGCAUGUCCUCCAGGCAUCAACUCCCUGCAGAAAGCCCCCUACACAGCUGCUGCACUGUGAGAGACUAUGUACUGUUCAGCUGGUUUACAGUCACUGCAUUAUGCAAUGGGUUCAUUAUCACAUUCCUCUUAGAAUAAGGUAUGAAUGCCUGUUCCUGCUGCUAUGACAACCUUACCAUUUACUAGUGUUGGGUAAAUGUGGCAGUGACAAACUUGUUUUGCAGUGUUUUUCACCACCAUCUCAUAGCAGGAUUCAAGAGGUGUAUAAUUACGCUGUCAGGAGAUGGAAGGAUCUGGCUGUAUAGAAAGCACCAUCUUGUUUAAGAGAAUAUUUUAAACUGAUGAGAAGUAUGAGCAGAUGAACAGUAACUAACAGAAUGUGAUAUACAUAUGCACAUUCAUAAACAAAUAUAUGAAUGUCAAAUGUUUAGAGAAUAAUAAAUUAGAAUUAUAAUAAAAUGCAGAAAUAAAA